AUGUCGAUGGUAGGGUGGGCUGGUCUAGCCGAGGAAGUCGAGCGAGUGGCAUUCACUCGCCUCGCAGCAGACCCCUCUCCCUUUCUCAGCGCCGCCGCCGCUGUGGCUUGGGCAAACCGCCAAGUCUUCACUGUCGCUGGAAUCGCGUUCGGAAUCAAGGCAGGUGGAUACGACAUUUUGGCGACACCCGACUCCGCCAAGUUGUUCGACGGGUGGUCAUCGGUGAGUCCUCGUUUUGACAGCGCCACUGACGUUGAACAGAACAUGACUACCCUCUACCCCUCUUUCGGCUGGGGUUUGGCCAGCUGGACCCACGGGCACCCCGGCAACCAGCUGCCCAAGGUCCUGAUCAGCACGCAGAACGCUGAAUACAACGAUCGGAUCAUCAAGACGGCUCUCGCCCUGCUGUCCAAUCUCCACCUUGUCCCCACAAUAUACCGGUCCCAGCUCAUGGCCGUUGCAUGGGAGCGUUUUGGCAUUCUCCUCGAUCGAGAUGACUCGCACGUUCUCCUGCAGACCGCUUUCCACGCUCGGGAGCGCAAGCUGCCAAUGGCGUCAGCGACAGACGUUUCUGACGCCAACAAGGCCCGCUACGCCCGGAAGGCGCAGGACAAAGCUCUGCAGCGUCGCGCGACCAUUCUGAUGGACGGGAUCGCUGCCUAUGGGGCGCCUCUCCCCGCUCUCCCCAACGGACUUCUCAACGACGUCAUCAUGAACAGCUGGCACGCUCAUUUUGAGCGUUACAGCCUGAGCGCGUCUGGGAUCAAGCGCCUCCACGCCGCCGGGCGUGAUGUAGAUGCCGAGACUCUGUCUGCCGAUUCGUACAAUAAGAUCCUCAAUGAAGACCGCGAAGCCAUCCAGCGCGAGGGAUGCAGCGCCGCUGCCUGCGUCUACAACGGCGGCCCCUGGAUCCCGGCGGAGGGCGGGCGUUCACCUUACUCCGCUGCAGACGACGUUCGCUACGUCUGCCUGCACCAUCUGCAAUUGGAGUUGUUCUGCAAGCUGAUACCAUGGUCGCGAUGCCCAGCUACAGUGGACGGCACUGCUCCAACCGUGCCAGGGCUCGCGUUGCCUGGACUCCUUCAAAGCCUUGUCAACCCGAGAGCUCGCAUCAGCACAGGCUUCUCGCCGAUCAAUGACUCUUCCACCUUCCUGUCCGGCCCGGGCUAUGUGGCAGAACAGAUCGAUGAGCGGACUCGCCUCGUCGGGGUUCUCGUCUCCGAGCUUCCGACCAACCUCAAGUUCAAGACAAAGAGUCUCUCCGCCAAGAACCGAAACAACGCGGUCAAGAAGCUGAAGAAGGCUUGGGACGAGUGGGAUGGCAACCCUCCCACGUUGCCAUCCGCGCGCCGCGCAGACGUCACACAACAUUGGCGCCCCCGCGCAACCCAGCUUUUCGACACGUCGGACGCUGGUAUCGACAGGAUCCAGGUGUACGGUCAUUUGUCGGUGCUGCGGGAGCGUGAGCCCGGGCUAGCGCAGCCGCUCGAUCACGCGCAGGGCGACGAGCGGCUGGCGGCUGUGACGGCCCUUCUCGGCAAGUUCUCCUCCGAAGAGGUCGCCAACAGCAUGGUCCGAGCUAUGCAAGCCCUCGACCGCGAUGGGUGCUCGUUCCCCGAAUGCGUCUUCGGCCCCUCAACCCCAUUCCUCCCCGAGGAGGCCGCAUUCAGCCCUUAUGACGGGCGGCCUCUGUGCGUCGCGCACGCCCAGGUCCACAUUUUCGGGCACUUUAUUAUGAUCGCGCUCUGCCGAUGCUGCCGCCAAGUGGCUCUCAAGUCGCUGGCCGAGCAGAAGGCAGCCAUCAUGGCCUCAGCUCAGUCUCGAGGCAUCCAGCCUGACGAGCUCCCCCCCGACGACCGCCGCAUCCGUUCGCCUCGGGUCAGCGAAAAACCCUGGCUUCAGUCAUGUGGUGCCGAGCCCCGGUCGCGCAACUGCACCAAGUUCACCAGGCGUACCAAGCACUCGGGUACCCAAUACUCGAAGGAAGGCGUCGAGAUCGCGCGAAGGCGACCUAAAGCAGAGGUUCUUCGUAUGCGAAACGACGCCCUCAAUGUCUACCCUACAUCAGCCCCGCUGGGAGCUGAGAUCCUGAGGAUGCUCGGCAGGAGAGCAGUGGCCGACCUGCUUAGCCGGAAGGACGAGGGCGGACACGUCGAGGCCCCAGUGACGUGGAAAGGUCGCGAAUGGGCUUGCAGGGUGACGGCAAGAAUCCACCGCUCCAAGAAGGACGUGUGCCUCGUCGACUCUGCCUGGACAGGCGCUGCCGGGUUCACCGAGGUGUAG